AAAAAAUGCAAAGAUCUCUUUUGGAAGAGGACUUGCUUGACUGGCGCUUUAUUAUGUGCAAUUCUCCUGUGCUGUUUUAACUCAUAUCUAAUAUAUCUUCAAUACUAUUUUAAUGGAAAGUUUCAACAAGCAAACAUAUGAAACAACUUCCAACUUUGAUAUCAAUACUGCAGCAGAACUGUUAACAAGCCUUCAAGAUGGAAAAACAGACGCUGUUCUUUUCGACAGUAAAGGAAAAAGAAAACUUGAGGAAAAUGCCAAUGUGGAACUUCUUUCUAUGCCAACAAAGAAUCAUGAACAACUGCCAAACAAGGUUCCUAGAGAACAGAACAUAUCCCCCAACUGUAACAACUGCUCAAGUACAACAAGCCUGAUCAGGAAUGGAAAGCAAACAAAAAGUGGUGAUAGUGACAGUUUACCCGUCCCAAAAUCCAAGUCAGUUGUUUCCACCCCCGUUCGAAAACGAACAAGGGCUGUAAGUGGUUUCGAGGACUCUCCUCCAUCUGUCCAAAAGAGACAACAAGGAAUGACGAAUAUGUUCGCCGUUGAAUGGGCCUUCUUGCAGCAACUCAAGUGGUGCCAAUCGAAAGAAAACUAUUACAGUGGUUGGUUGAGUCCUUUACCAUAUUAUCAAAAUUUAUGGAGUUGCGCUUCCGUUCCUCGAGAACAAAAGGUUACGAAAUCCCAAGAAAGUUUAAAAUCCUCCAAAGGUCGUCCACCUAGUGAACUUCCACUUAGUAGAAUGCGUUUUAAAGCAUUGCAACAAGCAUGUGUGGAUAGAGGUAUUUCUCCAAAUGGCACAGUUGCUGCCUUAAAGCAGAGACUUCGAGAUUGGGUUUCUGUAAAGAUGACUGGAAAGCCUUCUGUUCCUCAGCAAAGAAAGCGACGAAUAGAGAAUGAACAUCCCGCUAUUCAAGACUACAAAACUGUAUAAAGUUUUCAUUUAAUCGAAUAGAUAUCCAUUUUUGCACAAAUAUAAUCUUUAUUAACAAG